AUGUCGACCCUUCGCCAACGUUCCCAUCAUGGCUGCUGGACAUGCAAAGCCCGACGCCGAAAAUGCGAUAACACCCGCCCUAGCUGCCAAGCCUGCAUCCAACGCGGACUUCACUGUGAAGGAUAUGGGGUUCGACUACGAUGGGGAGCCGGAAUUGCAUCUCGAGGCCGUUACACUGGCGCAGAAGAGCCAAUCGAAGCCUCCGUGCCUCCAAGACGCAAAGGACGACGGCGCGAUCUGAGUCGCGAGAGACGCCGAAACCAGCAGGGCGAGGCAUAUAUGGUUGAUGUGGAGAAGGCGAGCGCUACACCAUCUACAUCGGAGAGUAACAGUGCAGGGACGAGAGCUAAGUUUCUUGCAGUUGUGACUUCUGGCGUCAACACUCUACACUCCACAGAGACCAAUGACCCCAGAAGCCUGUUGGGGGCUCAACUGCCCGAACUUUGUCAGCAGUCGGACGCAUUAUACUUCAUCUGCCUGGCACUUCAAGUGUCAAUAAACGAAGACAUUAGACCUCGUUUCUUCGAAUAUUACGAUGCAGCUCUGAAUCAUUUCAGGACGGAACUGGCACACAGUACGUCAUAUUUACCCGAUGGAACCUUAGCAGCUGGACUUCUUCUUUGUAGCGUUGGGGUUCUACGUGGCACACCCUGGACUAUGCACCUCCGAGGUAUGUACAAUAUCAUCCAGUCGCAAGGAUUCCAAAACCUACGAUCCGAGGUCAGUGCAUUUCGUAUACAUUUAUUUGAGGUCAUGGGCGUGAUGGAUAUCCCUACUUUCGCUAUCGGCCGCCAGAAUCCUUGUCUUGGUUUCUGGAGAAACCAUUGCCGAGAACGCAACGAUCCUACUCCAGUGAACUCAAAGUUAGGUCAUGACGUCGAAGUGGUAAGCGGCCUUCCAAGGUCUUUGCUGGACAUCUUCUCCUGCAUAGGCAACGGAGGAGCCACCGAAGAGGAGUUUUGGGAUUGGCCCGGCGCUCAAGGGACUUUGCUGCAGUGUCAACUAUGGGAAGCUUACAGGUCAGCCGGAAUUCUGGCUGUCAGGCAUCGUCAAUUGCAUCGAUUCGAUGAGCUUUUAGUACCACAGACCGAUAGCUCCCAUCAGAAAGAGCAACGGAAACGAACUCUACCCACCACGGAAGUGCUUGUUUUGCGUAUCUUCAGCAAUCUCGAUGCAAUUUUCCGAGCAGCCAGAGAGCCUGGGGGAACAGAAUUCUUACUCCUGAAUGCAGUCUUUUACCCUCUGGUCGUUGCAGCACUACAGACCAGCGUUUUGAAUGAAAGAUCGUAUCUAAAAGAUUUGAUGAAGACCUGGAGUGACAAUCCUCAUUAUCCGCCUGGAAACGAACGACUCCUGCAAAUUCUGUGGGAGAUACUUGAAGAAUGGUGGGAAUCGGAUCCUUUUAAGACGAGCAUACACGAUCUUGCUUAUAUGAGAGGACUAGAAGUUGCGUUGUAUUGAUUUGCAGGUUAAGCACAUUUAAGAGCCGAGUUUCUGUGCCUGUCGAAACAUGAGCCAAACUUUGACAGCGUCUCCAUCGUCUAUCAGAUCCACUUCUUCGACGACCUCGAAGCCAAGCUUCUCAUAAAACUUCACAUUCUGUUCCGCUGUACACUCAAGGAAGAUUGGG